UGUAGAGUUGGGUUCGGUAGAACGGAGUUUUUUUUUGGGGGGCACGUGUUAAAAGGUUAAAAUGGUAAUUUUUAGUGAUUGGACGAACCUUUCCGUCUGUCGUCGUUACCGAAGUGCCGUUUAGGUAUGUUUUUGGGCGCCAAUAGGUAUCUAGAAAUAGGGAUUGGAGGCAUUUUAGCGGAGGGUCGAUGUUGGCCGUUAGGCUUCUCUUUUCAUCAUCGUCUUGAGUGACUGCGUUUAUAAAUUUGGAUGUAAAGGCUAAGAGGCAGGCAAAAGGCAGCAAGUUUAGAAGGGCGAUUUUUGUAGGACCGUUAUCUCGCUCCAUCAAUUUUGGCUUUAUGGGCUCAUAUCAUGAUCUUCCAUUUGAAAUUGGGCAGCUAGCAGAAUCAAAGUCUUUCAUGAAAGGAUAUCGUGGUGCAUGGUUUCGUUGUCAGAUCAAAGAGAGUGCUGAAAGACAAGGACAUGCAUCAUAUGCUAUGGAGUAUUUUGAUUUCCCUGAUGAGAAGGUUGGUUGGAUGAGACUAUAUCAAAAGCCUCACAAAUCUAAGGGUGGUCUCCAACAAAACAAAUUACAAUUGAUGAUUCGACCAUGCUUCCCUAAAUCUUAUCUUGAAAGCGAAGCACCAAAUCUGGAUAAUAUUUCAGAAGUGGUGGUCGUUUAUAGAGACACAUGGAAAGUGGGAGAUCAUGUUGAUUGGUGGUAUGAAGGUUGUUAUUGGACUGCUCGAAUUACUGACUUGCUUGGGAGUGACAAAGUUAAGGUUGCUUUACUUGAAUCUCCACUUGGAGAAGGCGGCUCAUAUGAAGCACUGUGCAAGGACUUGAGGCCUUCGUUAGAUUGGUCUCCUGAUGAUGGCUGGACAGUGCCCAAAGCCAAAGAAGAAAAUGAAGCCACUUCUCCCUGUGCUCGCUUGGUUAUACCAUUUAAGAAAGAUAGCAAGGAUGCUUCUAACAACAUGCUUCAAAUUCAAGGUGUUGACGGGCUAGAGGAAGAUGAAAAAAAGAAACAGCCUUGCACGAUGAACAUGACUGUUUCUUUGAGCCCUUCAGCUAAAAUUGGGCCCCUCCAUCAAAUGCUCCAGGAUAAUCUUCGGAAGGUGGAGCCAUUAGAGCAAGCAAGCUACACUAAAGAAAAUGUUGAAGAAAAACUUCUAGGAAAAGAAGGUGCACAAGCGAGAUUCAAGGAUGGUAAAAUUGGUCAUGAUGUGGCUAUCCCAACAGCUGGCCAGAAGAUGGAGAUAAUUGACCAUGAUAAAUUAAUUCUACCAAAGAAACGAGUGAGAAAUGGUAUUUCAGAAAUACCACAAGAUCAUACAACUAGUAAAUCUAGUGUCAUUGUUGGUCAUCCUAUUUUUCAUGAAGAAAGAAGAGAAGCCAAUGAUGUUCCAGAAAAGGGUUCCUGUACAAAAGACAAUUCUGAUUUUAAAGAUCUCUCAAGUAGAUCUACAAUAUGGAGGACAGAAGAACUCAAUCUUACAAUAUAUCCUGACACUGUGGAGUCAUCUAUGUUGGCUUUAGAGGAGCUCAUCAACAAAAUAAAAUGGGUAAACCAAGUUUUGCAGUUUGGGGUGGAGAAAGCAAGCUCAAAGAAAGCAUCUUGGCAAUUUUUGGAUAGCAUUGAUCUUUCUUGCUGGAAUGAUGCUUCCAGUAGGCCACUUGGAAGGUGAUAUUUUGGAUCUCUCUAAUCUGGCUUCAAACAAGUUGAGAUCAUGUCUUUUGGAGGACAGGCGUCAAACAACUGGGAUCAUGUCCUGGAAUGUUUGUUCUCAUCUACUUGAUUGGUUAGCUGAUUCAAGCGAGAGAAUGCAAGCUUGUCAUGCUCUUCUGUGAUUUUGUUUGGUCUGUAUUAUGUUAGCUCAGUUUUAAAAGGAAAAAGUGGACGGGUAGAUUGGAAUAUCCUUGACAGCAAUCCAAGGAAUGGGCAUAUUUGGCUCAGAGAUUAUGGACACUUUUGAAGACGUUGGGCUGAUGGAAGGCUAGGAAAGGGGGCUGAAUCAUUUCAGCUGGGUUCCUCAUUAUUGGAAUAUAGUUUCCUAGUUUUUGUUUUGGCUCAGAGAUAUUAUGGACACUCUUGAAGACGUUGGGCUGAUGGAAGCUGGGAAAGGGGGCUGAAUCAUUUCAGCUGGGAUCCCCAUGAUUGUUAUAUAGUUUCCUAGUUUUUUGUUUUCUGUAUUAGGGAUGGUCUGUGGAUGGUCCUAGCAUGCUUCCGUUCCUAAAAAUAGUGAAGUUCUUUCCUGCUGUUGCCCAACGGUCACGUUGUAUAUAGUAAAUGGUGUAUCCUCUAGGUUUCCGACAAUGUAAAGUUUACGGAAUAGUUUAACCUCUUUGGUUUCCAGAAGGGAAAACUUGCUCGAGAUGUUGACAAACUCACAAGUUGGACCGGAGACCUGCACUUCAUAUUGAUUAGUUCAUUUUUUCUAA